AUGGAGGAGCAACAUCGACAACUCCGAUUAUUUUUAACUAAGUUUGCUGGUUCAGUACUGGGAAAGGCAGAUAGCGAGCUUAACAUUAAGUGCUUUAGAAAAAGACAAAUAGUGAGCAUAACAGACAACUACAACACUAUUCCGGGAAAAGGAGGUUUCUCCAUAGUGUACAAAGGGAGACUGGACGACGGCCGUCCAGUUGCAGUCAAAAAGUAUAUCUUUACGGCAAACAAGAAGGAGUUCACAAAAGAAGUAAUUAUACAAUCUCAAUUCAGCCACAAAAAUAUUGUCAGAUUGUUGGGUUGCUGCAUAGAAGCAGAUGCUCCAAUGUUAGUAACUGAGUUUGUCCCUAAUGGAAAUCUUUCUGACCUUCUGCACGGCAAGAAUACAAGCCAACAAAUACCCCUAUCCCUGAACAGACGCUUAAAGAUAGCCACAGAAGUAGCAGAAGCACUUGUUUACAUGCACACCUCUCAGAGUCAUCCGAUCCUUCAUGGUGACAUUAAACCAGAGAACAUACUUCUUGAUAACAAGUAUAUGCCGAAACUCUCUGACUUUGGAAUAUCAAGGUUGCUUUCCAUGGGUUCAGAUGAAUACACAGGAUAUGUUAUUGGAAGUAUGGGCUACAUAGACCCCAUGUUUUGUCAAACUGGGUGCCUAACAACAAAAAGUGAUGUCUAUAGUUUUGGCGUUGUUCUUCUAGAGCUCAUCACAAGAAAAAAGGCUAUUGAUAAUAACAAAAAUUUCCUUGCAAAAUCUUUUGGUCAUGCUAAAACUCAUGAUUCUUUUGACAAAGAGAUUGCUUCUAGUGAGAAUAUCAAGGUUCUUGAUGGAAUUGUUAAGCUUGCACUCGAGUGUUUAAAGUUCGAGUUAGAAGAAAGGCCAAAGAUGAAAGAUGUCUCUAAAUGUCUUCGGAAGCUUCAAAGAGAGCAAGAUGAAAAACUCAUGAUGAUAAGGUUGAAGUCUUUCUUGAAAGAAUCUGGCUUUACAAGAUUCAUCACUGAUGAGCAAAUAUAUAAGGUGACGAGCUACUUCAAGAAUAUUCCAACUGAAUGUUUUAUGGGAAAGUUGUACAAAGGAGACAUGAACGGAAUGCCAUUUGUUGCAAUAAAGAUGUCAUUUGAAGUUCACGAUGAAUCAAUGGAGGAAUUUUCCCGUCAGAUGGUACUGCAGUCAAAAAUUGACCAUGAGAAUGUCAUUAGGUUUCAGGGCUGCUGGUUAGAUCAUCGCAUUACCCAUGGAGAUGUCAGAACUUCGAACAUACUUGUGGGAGAUAUUCCCCAGGGCAUUUUUUUGAAGAAUGUCCCAAUAAAAAUUUCAAGCAUUGGAGCUUCUGUUUAUUUUUCUAUGAAAAAGUCUGCACAGGAAAGAUUUGAAACAGAGGAGAACAAUGGUUAUAUGGAUCCCAAAUUUCCUGAAAGUGGAGUAUUGACUAAGGAGGCGGACAUUUACAGUAUGGGAGUUGUUCUACUGGAACUCUUCACAUGGAAAAAGGUACCUAAUAAUCAUAUUAGAAAUUGUGGGUUAGAGAAGCUCUUGGAUGUGAAAUUUUGUCGCCAUCUUAAAAAUCUUGCAAAGGUGAUAUCUGAGUGCUUAAAUGAAGAUGCAGAAAAGAGGCCAACUCUAAAGAGUGCGAUCAGGUUGUUCAAGUGUGAUGUGGAGGCGAUCCAAUAUGAUCGCCUAGAUGCCAAUUUCUGCGGCAACAGUUGUGCAGCAAGAAUUAGUCAAUGA